AUGUCGCCGAAUGACAGGAAGGAGGUCCGCCGGAACAGGUACAAGGUGGCGGUGGACGCCGAGGAUGGCCGUCGCCGGAGAGAGGACACCAUGGUCCAGAUCCGGAAGGACAAGCGGGAGGAGAGUUUGUUAAAGAAGCGCUGUGAAGGUCAUCAAUCCGAGCAAGUCCUGACUAAUUACCUCGAGAGUCUACCGUCGAUGGUGGCUAGGGUUUGGUCCACUGAAACUGUCCUGCAGCUGGAGGCUGCUACCCAGUUCCGGAAACUACUUUGUAUAGAAACUACAAUCGAGCAAGUGAUUCAAGCUGGAGUUGUUCCGCGGUUCGUUGAGUUCCUAGCCAGAGAGGGUCAUCCACAGCUUCAGUUUGAGGCUGCAUGGGCUCUUACAAACAUUGCAUCAGGAACAUCAGACAACACCAAGGUGGUGAUCGACAAUGGCGCAGUCCCAAUGCUGGUGAAGCUGCUUGCUUAUUCUCCGAGUGAUGUUGUUAGAGAGCAGGCUGUUUGGGCAUUGGGAAACAUUGCCGGUGACUCUCCUGGAUGCCGUGACCUAGUCCUCGGCAGCGGAGCCCUAAUGCCGUUGCUGGCUCAGUUGAAUGAGCAUGCAAAGCUUUCAACGCUGGAGAUUGUCACCUGGACACUGUCCAACUUUUGCAGGGGCAAGCCACGGCCUGAGCUUGAUCAGGUGAAGCCAGCUCUUCCAGCUCUUGGGCGUUUAAUUUAUUCCAAUGAUGAUGAAGUCUUGGCAGAGGCCUGCUCGGCACUCGGAUAUCUCACUGAUGGGACAAAUGACAGAAUUCAAGCUGUGAUCGAGGCGGGUGUCUGCCCACGACUCGUGCAGCUUCUCUUACAUCCAUCGCCUGUGGUUAUAAAUCGUGCACUUCGCAUUGUUGGUAAUAUUGUGACAGGAGAUGAUGUUCAGACUCAGUGUGUGAUCGCCAAUGGCGCACUUCCAUGCCUUCUGAGGCUUUUGACACAUAAAAAGAUCACUAUUAAGAAAGAAGCUUGCUGGACUAUCUCAAACAUUACGGCUGGAAACAGGGAACAGAUACAAUCUGUGAUCGAAGCUGGUUUGAUUGGCCCUCUUGUCAAUUUGCUCCAUACCGCUGAGUUUGUGAUCAAGAAAGAGGCUGCUUGGGCAAUUUCGAAUGCAGCUUCUGGUGGCACUCAUGAGCAAAUCAAGGUCUUGGUGACUGCAGGCUGUAUAAAACCAUUGAGUGAUCUUCUUGUAUUCCCUGAUCCAAGGAUAGUGAUUGUCUGCUUAAAAGGGUUGGAGAACAUUUUGAAGGUGGGUGAAGCUGAAAAGAGUUUGAGUAACAAAGAAACCAACCUGUAUGCACAGUUGAUUGAUGAGGCUGGUGGUCUGGAAAAGAUUGAAAAUCUGCAGACUCACAACAACAACGACAUCUAUGAGCAGGCUGUUAAAAUUCUUGAAACUUAUUGGUCGGAGGACGAAGAUGAGACAUUACCAGUUGGAGAUGGUACUCAGCCAGGCUUCAACUUUGGAGGGAAUGAGCCUCAAGCGUAAACUGGUGGAUUCAGUUCUAGCUGAAGGAACUUUCAAGGAUGGAGGAGCAGAAGUUUCCUGAUAUGCGUGGGUUCAAUUUCAGGUCGAGUCGAGGUGGUCGGGGCAUGGGUUCAAGUUCAGGUCGAGUCGGGGUGGUCGCCUGGUCGGGGCAUGGGUUCAAGUUCAGGUCAAGUACGUCGGCGUGGCGGGGGCAUCUAGUGUGUCUGGUUUCAGUUUGGUCUGGUGUCCAUUGUGGUCGGAGCCUCGGAGGUGCCAAGGUGCAUGGGUCGGUCUGUUUACUAAGUCUAUGGCCAAAUAAGAAGAGAUCACUGCAUCCUAAGGUGAAAUGCAGGGCCCCUAAACGAAUAUGCAGGAUCAAAUGCAGCAUCAAGUUCAAUAUAGUUUUGCGGUUUUAUGAAGC